AUGCUGAAAGAUGCCCUGUCCGAGGUGGGCGAAGCUCGGCUGCUCUUCCAGAAGCUGCCUCCGCAGCUGGAGGAAGCCCAGCUACUGCUGGAGGUGGCCAUACCAACGCAUGGAGCCAUGGAAAAUCCUCCAAAGGCCGUGGCCAUGGCAGAAGAUGCCGCCAACAUUUGCCGCAGCUUGGGAGAUAGGGUGGGCGAAGCCAAAGCCUUCAAGGCUUGUGCAAAGGUUUGCGUGCAGAAGAAUGACACCAAGUCAGCCUUACAGGCGUCUCGGCAAGCUGCCGCAGUGCUGUCCCGCGCACGGCUGGCGCGCGAGGAAGCUGAGGCCUAUCACCUGACGGCCAAAAUUCACCUUUUGCGCCUAGAGCCACGGGAGGCAGUGUCCUCAGCUGCCCAAGCGCUGACGUUGCUUCGAAGGCCUGGGGAUGAAGAUGAAAAGGCCGCCGUCUUGGUGACGGCCUCCUACGCACAUGGCAUGGCCAUGGAAUACGAUGGUGCUGUGGGCACCGCCAGUGAAGCUGUGGACCUGUGCCGCCGCACGGGGAACAAGCGGAGGUUGAAGAUGGCCAUGCACGCUCUGGCCGAGGGAUAUCUCAUCAAGGGGGACUAUGGUCAGGCCUUAGAUCUAGCGGAAGAGGCCCAGCACAAAGAUGCCCAGGACAAAAUCCUGGAGGCACGGCUGCUUGAGGUCUCCUGUUAUGCCAGGCUAGGCUGGUCCUCCUCCAAGAAGAAAGGCCUCCGCGCCAACGUGCGCGACAUGCUGCAGAAGGCGCAGGCUGCCAGCGCGAUUCUAGUGGCUGCUGGAAACAAGCGACAGGAGGCCGAUGCGAAGUUCUUGAUGGGCAAAGUGCAGCUCCAGGCCGGCAAUCUGCAUGCUGCGAUCAAGGAGGUCACAAAAGCCUAUGAUGCCUAUGGAGCUUUGAAAGAUGGGCAAGGCGUUGGAUGGACAGGAUUGCUCUAUGCUGCUUGCCUCCUGAGGUCUCCCGCGAAGCUGGUGGCUGGCCGUGAAUCCGCCGUGACCUCGAAGGAGAUUGAGAUUCCCCAAUAUGAUGGAGCUCUUCAUUCUGCCUUGGUGGCGCAUAGCACCUUUCGACGCAUCGGAGAUGAGGAAGGAACCGAAGCGGCCUUGAAGGUGGUGAACGAGAUUCGAAGUUUGCAGGAAGGUUCAGACAGAUCGCUGCACAAAGAUAUGCCACGACCAAGGCCCCUGCCCCCCGCCUUUUCCUCGGCACCAACCGCAGUGGUACAUCCAUACCAUGAGUUGGUCGGCGGCCGUCAACUUCCGUUUCAGGUCCCGGACUUGCAGGUGCCACCCCCGGAGACGGAGACCGAGGCGGAGAAGCCUUCGGCCACUGAGGCCGUGACAGCAGAUGCCAACAUCCGCAGCCUGGGAGAUAGGGUGAGCGAAGCCAUGGCGUUGGGCGCGAUCCAGCCUCUGCAGAAGAAUGACACCAAGUCAGCCUUACAGUCUGCCUUGGUGGCACAGAGCACCUUUCGACGCAUCGAAGAUGAGGAGGGAACUGAAGCGGCCUUGAAGGUGGUGAACGAGAUUCGAAGUUGGCAGGAAGGUUCAGAUUGA